AUGCCUCCGGCCACUCCCAAGCCAGAGCCCUCCGCGAACGCCACGGGGGGCGAGAUGUGGAUAGAAAAGGCCUCGGUGGACGUUCGAUAUCCUGGGCUGCAGGGGAUUCUGCUCCAAGAAGCCGUCUUCGACGACUACUCGGUGCGGCGCAACGUCACAUUGCAGUUCUUUGAUGACGACGGCGCGCAGACCAUCGUGCCUCACCCCGAGAACGUUCGCAAACAGGAGGCCAUCGUGAAUCACUACGCAAGGCUUGUGCGUGACUACGGGGUCAUCCCGGGCGUGCGCGGCGAGCCGUGGGGCAUCCAGUCGGACACUGCCAGCGGCAUGCCGGCCCUCAUGGUGACCUACGGGACGCUGAGCCGCGCUGUCUACAAGGCCGCCAAGAAGUGGCCCGAGAAUAGGAUGGUGCAGGUUAGCCUCACGAGAGGCUUGAGGAACGCUACCCUGUUCGACUCCCGCACGCCUAAGGACGUCAUCAGGUGGCUCAGGGAUUGGCACAACGAAUUUCAUAACGGCAGCCGUUUUACAUUGCUACAAUAUUGGGAGCAUCUGAACGACAUGAGCGCCGAGUACCAGGCGUGCGGCAAGACGGGCGGCGCAGUCAUGAGUUUCUGGGAUUGGUAUUGCGCCAGGUUCAAGAAGGAAGCCGAGCGCAGGAAGUUAGAGCGCUUCGAGAUUCAUGACAUGACGAUGUCACUUAUUGGAGAGAAGUGUGUUUUCAUCGACCCCCGCAUGAAUAACACGAACGCAAGUUUCAACAUUCACAUGCUGUCCGUUCAGGUGUUCCACGACGAGGUGAAGUCCGUGAUCGAUGGCCCCAUCCUGAAGCACGUCUUCAUGAAAGCGCUCUACUUCUUCUUGCCCUUUGUAUCUGCAGCUGACGAAGCUGACGACGACGACAACGCUACGCCGUCCCGCCAGCGAGUGAUCCCGUUCCUGUUCGAGAAGCAGAAUCUGGAUGUGGUCAGGAUGCUGAUGACAAAGAUGGACACUUCCGUGACGAAGAGAAAGGGAUUGAAGAAGUGGGAGCAGAUCAUCGCCAAGAGGGAGCAGGAUCAGGACAGCGCAGGGACUACCGCCACGCCUGCCGAGCCAGCAAAGAAGAAGACUCGGGGAUCCAACAAGAAGGUCGUCGUCAUCCAGACCCCCGCUGAGGAUUGGUCCGAUCAGAGCAAGCACAUCUACUGGAUCACAGACUGUCUGACGGGGCUGAAGACGGCGGUAUUUCUGGCCAAGGGUGCCGACAAAAUCAGCGAUUCUGAGAAGAUCGAUAUCGUCGGAAGUUUUGCGUUGUUGGCAUUUGAAUUCUGCUGGCAAGGUCAUUUGGCGCUCGGUCAGCACAGCUUCACCAAGUGGUCGGACUUGCGCGCAAAGCUCAGGACGCUUGCGACGCAGACGACUGAGACGAUGGCCGCAUCCCUGACGUCAAUCGACGGGGCCAAAUCUGUUGCCGACCUCCUAGUCGACUGUUUGAUCGGCGGCGAUGAGGACAUCGACGACAUCGACGGUCUUGCUGUCGCGCUCCAGCCCGGAACAUCGAACGACCAGCUAGUGGCCCAGAUCAACCGCUUGUGGGCUAGCCAGGGUGAUCUCGUGCGUGAGUUCGUGAAAGGGACCUCGCUGAAGCUGCCAGCUCGCAUGCAUCGCGGUUACAAGGCUGUCGUCGACCAGAUGGUGGAGGAGGCGGGGCAGAUCCCAUUGCCAGAGGAUAUGGCAGAUGCCAUUUCGGGUGACCAGUUCGAACUCAAUCGCUUGAUUGACCGAGUCGUGGACGUCGUCCUCAAGCACGUUACCAAGGUCUUUUCCGACGAGUUCGGCACGCUGGCCUUACUUAUAUCGCAGUACAUGCGGAAGACCUCGCAGGUGCCCAGCUGCUGCCAGGGCGGCCUCCCCACGAGCAUGGAUGCGACAAACUUCUGCGGCAUGAGGGUGCAGUACAUCAAGCAGGGGUUCGCCGACGUCUUUUGCGUCGUCUCGAACGCGGAGCUGAACGAAUGCAUCACCAGCGUGACCGCUGCGCUGGGCGAGUACAAGUGCGCCAACGUGCCAUCGUAUGGGCUGCUGGGCAGGCUGCUUUCGCAGAGUGUCGCCGACCUCUGCAACGCCAUCAAGACCAAGAAGAGCAUCACUGCAUCACAGGGUGCGAAGGCCAGCCUCGUCGAUGCCGCGGCCAAGCUCGGCGUCGACCUCGAUCCUAAGAUUGAGCCUGAAAAGCAGACCGAGAAUCCAGGGGCCCAGAGCAGCGGCAGCUCGUCGUCGCAACACCUCGUCGUUCACGGAGGAGCCGCAACCAUCAACCCCGACCCGCUCGUCGUGAUG